CUCUCCUCCUUAACAUUUCCAGCUCUCUCUAACCAACCAUAUAUAUAUAACCACACCAUGCUCUUUUCCGACCAAUUUCCAGCCUCCAAACCAAAGCUUGAAUCUUUCAAAUUCAAAAACAAUCAACAGUUCUAAUCUGAAAAAUCCACCUAUGGAGAGCACCGAUUCGUCGACGGGGUUGCACCACCCGAACCUCCCACCGGGCUUUCGCUUCCAUCCCACCGACGAAGAAUUGGUGGUUCACUACCUCAAGAAGAAAGCAGCCUCCGCUCCUCUUCCCGUCUCAAUCAUCGCUGAAAUCGAUCUCUACAAGUUCGAUCCAUGGGAGCUCCCCGCUAAGGCCACGUUUGGGGAACAAGAGUGGUAUUUUUUCAGUCCAAGGGACCGGAAGUACCCGAACGGGGCGAGGCCAAACCGGGCGGCGACAUCCGGGUACUGGAAGGCAACUGGGACAGAUAAGCCUGUAUUGACCUCAGGGGGAACUCAGAAGGUUGGGGUGAAGAAAGCACUCGUUUUCUAUGGAGGAAAGCCUCCAAAAGGGAUCAAAACCAAUUGGAUCAUGCAUGAGUAUAGGCUUGUUGACAACAAAACCAGCUCAAGGCCACCGGGUUGUGACCCGACCCACAAGAAAGGCUCCCUACGGCUUGAUGAUUGGGUGCUAUGUCGAAUCUACAAGAAAAACAACCCACCAAGACCAUUGGAUCAAGAAAGAGAAGACUCCAUAACCGACAUCCUUGCAUCAUCAAUACCACCUUCAAUUCCAGCAGCAGCCCAACACCACCACCAACCAAAACCACCGCCGAUGAAACCCACAAACUACGCCACAAUGCUCGAAAACGAUCAAAGCUUAUUCGAAAACAUAAUAGUCACAGACACUAUCAACAACAACAAUAACAACAUUGGUUCAAAGCCACAGCUUCCAUUAAUGGUGACCACCACAACCUCUAACACCCUACCUCACCUGAAAAGAACCCUCCCUUCCCUUUACUGGAACGACGACGACGAUGAAAGCGAGGCAGCAAAGAGGUUUCAAGAAGAUGUAAGUGUAGUGGUGAAGAAUGAUGAUCAUAACAACAGCUCCAUCGCUACUCUGCUUAGUCAGCUUCCACAAACUCAACAGACAGUGAUGGGUUCGCUCGGUGAGGGGGUUUUUCGACAACAAUAUCAGUUUACGGGGUUGAAUUGGUAUUCUUAGAUCAGUUUUGGGUGGUGGGUAUGAAUUGUAAUGCAGAGCUAUACAUUAGUAAUUUGAUAAGCAAUGUUAUGAAGUCUCUGCUGUCAGGUAUAUAUUUGCAAAGAUGUUAUAUAUUGAUCAAUAUAAUACAGUCCAUUAGUUUGUAGAA